UUUCUCAGUAGAUGUCGUUGAGCGUAUUUUCUGCUACUGCGACUUGCGAGGCGUCAAACGCGUCUCUCUCGAGUCUUCUUGCUACGAAAAAACACACUUGCAUGUUUGGCAUAACUGCAUUACACCGUGUUGUGGUCGUGUAGGGGUCUUGUGUGCGGAGGUCUGCCAGGCGCAAGUUUACAGAAACCUGUUCGUAGAUUACAAUUAUUGCUGCUCUACUACUCGUGUAAAAUUUCUCUUUUCAAAUAUUGCUUUUUUGGAAAUCCGAGUGGUAAAUUUUACACCACGUGGGUAACCUUAAAGUGCAUAAUUUGUUAAAAAAUCGUAUUUAUGAUGUAACAGACAUAAGAAAAUGAUCAACGAUGCAUUCAGAAAUCUAAAAAGGAAAAUAAUGCAGGAGCGAUCGAUUGGUUACUCAAGAUGACCUAAAGCUAUUUCAUAAAAAGAAGUUUAAAGAAAAAGUAACCAUGACCUCUCUAGGAAAGCAAAUUUUUGUAGCCAAAAACAUUCAUCCCAGAGGCGAUGAGGAGGCUACAACAAGUAUUUCAAGACACCCCACAGCUGACUCUUUAUCUUUAGCUUUUGAAAAUUUAUUUCACAUGCCGUAUGAUAUUAUUGAAAACUAUGGAAGUACCAUACACACUCUGGACAUAAGUCAUAAUAAAUUUGGCAGGAGUUUACAUUUCUUAGCUGAAUUUGAAAAUUUGACUUCUCUUAAUUUAGAUCAUAACAACAUUGAUUCAUUUACCACUUUUCCCUUUAUGCCAAAACUACAACUGCUGUGGCUGAAUUACAACAAUAUUGAAGAACUCUUUCCCUUUUUGAAAAACUUACACAAGAGUCUUCCCAAUCUUCAAUUCUUAGGACUUAUGGGUAAUAAAGCAGCUCCCAGCUUUAUAAAUGGUGGAAAUUUUUAUGACUACCUUCAGUAUAGAUUGUAUGUUAUAUCAUGGUUCCCUCUUUUGGGUCAUCUUGAUGAUAGAGCUAUUACUGCUGAGCAAAGACUCGAAGCAAAACGUCUAUACAAACGCCCGUUUCUUGAAGAAUUUUUAGAGAAACAUGAGAUGCCAGAGUGCCUUAAAUACUUAAAUAGUAAAAUAACAGAAUUUUUUACUCAACCCACAACUUGGCAAGAGAGAUUUAAGUUUCCAAAAGGGCCAAAUUAUAUAAUCUAAGUCAGUAUUAUUUAGAGAUGCGUGUUGAAAGUAAUUUUUUAUUGCUUAUUUAUAAUUUAAGCGUAGUGAGAAAAGAGAAUUUUAUCUUAACUUAUGAAAUUGGUUAAUACUUUGUUUGCAUCAUUAUAUUCGGUUGUAAAGUUUGAAUGCGCUAGUCAUUGGAAAAUGCAAUAGAUUUAUUACUUUUAUACUCUAUUCAAUUGCAAAAAUAGAUUAUUUAGGUAAUUGACAAAAGCGCACAAGUGAAAACUAUUUGAACUACCAUGCAUGCUUAUAAAGGUGUUGACAAAUGAGUAUUUUAUUGAAAAUCUGAUGACCGUGAGAGAGCUUUAAUAUUUAAAUUGUUGAUAAAUUUAUGAAAUUUUGCA